AUGCUCAUCAUUGGCCGGAUCCUACUCGGCUUCGGUGUUGGGUUCACCGCGCAGGCGGCUCCGCUGUAUCUCGCCGAGACAUCACCCAAGAGAUGGCGUGGCGGCUUCACCACGGCCUACCAUUUCUUCCUCGUCGCCGGCACGCUCGUCGCCAACUACUUCACCAACCGGAUUCCCGGCUGGGGCUGGCGCGUCUCCCUCGGCCUCGCCGCCGUGCCAGCCACCGUCAUCGUCACGGACACGCCCAGCAGCCUCGUGCUGCGCGGCGAGCCAGACAGGGCCCGCGCGUCGCUCCAGCGCAUCCGCGGCGCUGACGCCGACGUGGAGGCCGAGUUCAAGGACAUCGUCCGCGCCGUGGAGGAGGCGCGCCGGAACGAGCUGGAGGGCGCGUUCACGAGGCUGCUGCGCGGCAAGGGGUACCGGCAGUACCUGGUGAUGAUGGUGGCCAUCCCGGCCUUCUUCGACCUCACCGGCAUGGUCGUGAUCUCCGUCUUCUCGCCGGUGCUGUUCCGGACGGUCGGGUUCGACAGCCAGAAGGCCAUCUUCGGCGCCGUCAUAAUCAGCCUCGUCAGCCUGUGCGGCGUGGUGCUGUCCACUCUCGCCGUCGACCGCUGCGGCCGGAGGUUUCUGUUCCUCGCCGGCGGCACCGACAUGUUGCUUUUCCAGGUAGCCGUGUCAUGGGUACUGGCGAACCACCUCGGCAAGCACAACGCGGUGACGAUGCCCAAGAAGUACGCGGUGGGCGUGGUGGUGCUCGUGUGCCUGUACACGUUCAGCUUCAACCUGUCGUGGGGGCCGCUGAAAUGGGUGGUGCCGAGCGAGAUCUACCCCGUGGAGAUCAGGUCGGCGGGGCAGGCCAUUACGCUGUCAGUCGCGCUCACCCUCUCCUUCACGCAGACGCAGGUGUUCAUCUCGAUGCUCUGCGCCAAGUAUGCCAUAUUUCUCUUCUACUCCGGAUGGGUGCUGGCCAUGACGGUUUUCAUCGCGGCGUUCUUGCCGGAGACCAAAGGCGUGCCGCUGGAGACCAUGCGGUCGGUGUGGGCAAGGCAUUGGUUCUGGAGGAAGUUCGUCGUCUAG